GCUGGCACAGUAUCAUAUGUAAUACGUUUCUCUACUCAGUGGGAUAGUGCUGCCAUCUGUUAGUGUUUGUUAUAAACAACAGAGCUUGCUGGAAGCUUCAGUGUCAACAAAGAUGUCUGCCAAGCGGAAAAACGUGUUGCGUGACAAGAUUCCAGAAAGGAGAGUAGACUAUAUAAUGUCUCUUGUUCCAAAAGCAUUUGCUGAUUCAGAGGCAGAAGAAUCAUCUGAUGAUGAAACAACAUUGGCUGAUGGUCCACAAAAGAAUUUAGAAGAGCACAGUAGUCUCACCAUCCUUGACCCAGUUGAUGAACAGCUCAUAUUUGAAGACAUUUCAGAUGCUCCUAUGGAGAUAUGGACAUUCGAUGUGAAUCAAUCAGGUACAGGCUCAUCUCCAACUGCUGAAAUGAUGCAUAGUGCGCUUCCUGGAGUAUCCUGCAAUUCACCUGCUACAACAGUACAAUCACCAUUAUCUGUUGUCACAGAUGAACAACAGUCCAGUAAUAAAAGUGAGCAACCAUCACCAUCUGUUGAUAGAGACGAACAACAACCUGGAGUGUCCAGAAUCACGACUCCGCCUUCCAGAACAACACGUGCAUCAUCCAUUGGAAGGACUUCCAAGGAGGGAAGGACACAUUUGCAGAAAAGGAUAUCUCAUCCAAAGACAGCAAAGAAACUGACUCAAAAACAAUUCAAGUGA